AUGGUUUACUUAUGUCAUAUUGUAACUGAUACUCAAUUAGAUAAAGAAAAGGAUGAACGUAGCGAACAGUUGGAUGGUAAUCCGGUGUUGAAUUUGGCAUCUUUCGUUACUACUUACAUGGAAGAUGAUGCUGAACAGUUAAUGAAAGAAAAUCUGUCAAAAAAUUUUAUCGAUUUUGAAGAGUAUCCUGUGUCUGUUGAAUUGCAGAAUCGAUGCGUUAGCAUUAUUGCUCGCCUCUUUAAUGCUCCAGUGGAUGAAUCAAUAGGUGUUUCAACUAUAGGCUCUUCAGAAGCCAUUAUGCUUGCUAUAUUAUCAAUGAAAAGGUUAUGGAAAAACAGGAGAAUUUCCGAAGGAAAGCCUGUCGAUAAGCCGAAUUUAGUAAUGGCGGCAUCGGUUAAUGAUCUUUUACUAGCCAAAAAUCAAAAAAAUGGUUGGGAUGUGCCGAUUCAUGUUGAUGCUGCAGCUGGUGGAUUUGUUGCUCCUUUUGUGAACCCCGAUCUUGUUUGGGAUUUCAGGUUAACGUCUUUCAUUAGUUUAGAUAUUUACAAUGAUAUAGUGGCAGUCAUUUCCCCCACAGCUAAGUAUUAUGUGCUAAUUCGACUUGGACGUCAAGGAUUUACCUCGAUUAUGAGAAAUUUGAUGUGUAUUGCUGAUUAUCUGGCUGCCAGGCUAGAGGCUACAAAUAAAUUUACUAUUUUGAGUGAUAGAAAUGGUAACGGAUUACCUCUUGUGGCUUUUAAGUUGAAAGCCAAGGAUAUACAUUACGAUGAGUAUGAUGUUGCCCAACGUAUUCGUGAACAUCAAUGGAUUGUACCAGCUUACACUAUGGCACCGAAUAUCCAACAUAUUAAAUUAUUACGCGUUGUUGUGCGUGAGGAUUUUUCGCGUGAACGAUGUGACAUUUUUAUUACAGAUUUGAUGCAUACUAUUGAUUUUUUGGAUAAAUUAGAUAAAAAUAGUACUUAUUUGAAGAGUUGGAAAACUUUAAAAAAUGCCACGAUUUUAGGAUUUAAAAAUCAAUCUCAUAAAACCAAUGGAGUCUGCUAA